GAUCCAAUCGGUCUGUGUUUCUUCAUUUUGCCCGUCUCAUCGGCGAGAGCAGCGGGAGGGUUUCGCCAUGGUUCCUCCGAGAAAAGACGACGAUCUAGGCCGGACCGAGGGCUACGACCGGUUCCCCAACGAAGACGCCUCCGAGGGAUUUAGGGAGAGCGAUGACAGUGGUUCCGGAUCGACUCCGCCUGCACGAGUUAGCGCUGCUGGGGAAGAUGUUUUCGGGAGGCUGAGAGACGUUCUCAGUGGAGAAUCGGAUGAACGGGAAGCCGCAGUGCUGCCGUGGCUCCAGGCGCUGGAUCUGCAGGUUCUGGGUGCCUGCCGUGCGGACGAGAGGUCGAAGCCACUGCUUAAGCUUAACGUCUCAGGCGGCCCGGCGGAGGAGAGGCUUCUGGCGCAGUUAAGCCAGCAUUUUGAAGCAUCAGAAGUAGGGAUGUUAGCAAGGUGCUUGUGCGUUCCUCUUGUUUAUGUUCGCGUAGGGAAGGUCAAGAAGAAAGGGAACAUUCUUUGUCCAACUGCUAAAAGGGGGCAACUGAAUCUCAAUCUCUUGCCAUCUUCUAACAUGCGCCUCUCAUUUAUCGGGGAUGAUGGAUGUACAGAGAGAUUAGCUGUUUUGAGCAACGAUUUUGAUAGCCCUGAUGUGGUUAUCGAAGAAAUAUCGGCUGAUACUUCUGGCCGUUCCUUCCUGCUAAAGCUACCUGGACCUCAGAUCUUGUACUAUUGGUGUUCUGAGAAGUCUAAGAUCCACGGACGUGAAUUGCUUGCUAAGAUGAAAGAUUUACUAAGAAGAAAGCCCUCUUUGUCCUGUCUUACUGGAAUCUCUGAAUCACGCCUUGAUUCAUUUGCAACGCACCUUCGGGCAUAUCUUCUUGGGGGCUCGAGCAGUGCAGAAGUAAGUCCAACUGUCUCUUGUCCCAGUGAAAGAGAAUGUCAGUCUUCAUGUUCUAUUUCUCGAUCAUUUCGUUCCCGCACUAUGUCAGCACAUGCCGGAAAGGCUCAUUCUUUAUGCCAAGGUAGUCUUAGUCCAAGGCUAAACAGUUUCAAAGAUGAAAUGCCAAGAAUGUUAUCCUCCAUCCGAACUAGGGAGAAAAUUAAGCACCAUGGAGAUGCCCAUCCGAGCACGUUGACGAGAAGUUCUGAAUUGAUUACUUUAAUUUCUCCUUCAAAUUCAAAUGUCGCAUACUCAAGCAAGCAGGAGUAUGAUAAUCCAAGCAACACUGGUGGAAGUUCAACACUAUCCAGUUGCCUUCCUGAUAUUCCAUCAUUGCCAUCUCCUAUCUCAACAUUCAGUCCUGUUUCUAUUCACCUACCACUUACACAGAUGAGUAGUUCAAGUUCCUUUUCUCCCUACUACUGCUGGUGCCCUCCUUGCCCAUCUUCGCUGCAGUACACGGUGAACCCUUUCCAUCUUUCAUCCGCACCAUCCGAGUUAAUACCUCUUCCACCUUUGUCUUCUUUGUUGCCUGUUGCUUCAUCCACAGUUGCAUCUGUUCCAACUAGGCUGCCCAUUGAUGUUGCUGAGCGUCUAGCUUUGUCUCUCCCUACUCUUGUUCCUGAUCCAUUAAUUCCUUCAUCAAUUUCUGUGUCGUUGAGUUUGCCAUGCUCACAACAACUUCCCAUAUUUACACCCUUCAUGUCUGAUCCAAUUGUCCACAUCCCAAUGUUUGAUUUUUGUUCUUCUGGUCCGGGCUAUCUUGUUAGUGCUGGACCGGCUAUAUCUUCUGUCAUUUCACCAUUGCUUCCAAGCCUCAUAAACCCUCUGAUUCCAAAGGCAGAAUCUUUGAUGGAGAAGAAUGCCAGGGAGACGCUUCAUAUGCUUAUGGCUUCUGCACCCUCUUUACCUGGCCCACAGUUGAUGAAUGUCCUCCCUGCUGUGCUCAACAAAUUGGGUGGAAAUUUUUCUUGUGCCAAUAUGGUGAAUAAUACUUCUGCACUUCCUAGCAGCAGCCAGUUAUUCUGUGAUGGUUUCUCCGAUAUAUAUGCUGUUUCAACUGGCUUGUCCUGCUUGAAUUUGCAUUCCGAAGAAGGGGCUCCUCAAAUAGGUGAUUCUUUGAGAUUCACCAUGGCCGGCCAUUUGGACAACGAUGAUAAUAUUGACGAACCACCUUGCGAUGGUGACUUGCCUUGAAAGGGUCAUGUGAGCUGUGUAAAUUUUUAGCAAAAGUGAAUAUAAACGGCGUGCAGGGUAUUAGAUUUUUGCUAGCUAAUGUUAGUAAAAAUGGCUUUUGAAGAAACUUGUCAUAACGAUUUUGAAACUCGAUCAAUUAAUGCUCCAUUUUUUGAAUGCUCA